UUCUUUCUCGUGCCCUUCUCACCCGCCUUUUCCUUUCUCUCUUGCCCGCUCUGGUUAGGGCUUCUCGUUUCACGUCUCACAGUCACAGCCUCACAGCCUCACAGCCUCUGAGGCUCAGUUUAAAUUUUAAAGCCGCCAUCCGAUACUGUACUCCGAAGGAAGUAAGCUUAUUACACUAUUUCUUUACAUUCAUUUACUAUUUCUUAUCGUUCAUUAUUCUCUCGCUCGCUGAAGCUCUAUCGAGGACUAACAGAAACCCUAAUAAAACAGACAAACCCACACAGCCCCUGGUAAUUUGGUUGUGUUUCUAAAUUCAUCAGUUUGGCUGUUCAUCGCUGCGAUCGAGCGUUCGCGACUCUAGAGCUUGCCGCGUCAUUCUUUUAGUGUUAGGGCUUGAUCUUGAUCGAUUCCUUUUUCUUUUCUUAUUUCUAAAAGAUCUGGUGAAGGAAUUUCGUACAUUGUCUGCAUUGGGGGAGCAAUCUAGGGUUUGAGUUUGAUGCUUUGGGUGAGCUCCGCAUCUGCCGAACGGGGGAACGGUUUCGAUUCAGGUUUCCGAUGGCCAAUCCCGGCGUCGGGACUAAGUUCGUCUCUGUAAAUCUCAAUAAGUCGUAUGGGCAGCCUCCAAGUUCUCUGGGAAAUGCGACAACAAGUCGAGUCCGGCCAGGUAGUCAUCAUGCCGGUGGUGGAAUGGUGGUUCUUUCGAAACCUAGGAAUUCAAUUGUGGGUGCGCAGAAGAGUGGACCCAGGCUUUCAGUUCCACCCCCCUUGAACUUGCCAUCAUUGAGGAAGGAGCAUGAGCGGUUUGAUGCCUCUCUGGCCGGUGGAGGUUCAGCUGGUGUCGGCAGUUCUAGUUCUGGAUCCCGACCCACUUCAUCUGGUAUGGGCUGGACGAAGCCCGCCCCUUCUAUUCUUCUAGAGAAAAAUGGUUCUGGUGAUCACUCCUUACUUGGAACAUUGGUAGGUGGGAUUGAGGCAAUUGAUGGCGGGGAUAUGCCCUCUUAUUCUGCAGACAAUGCGUCCAAAGGAAGCAGUGUGUAUAUGCCGCCCUCUGCUCGGUUGGGGACGGCUGAACCCCCAGUGGUUGGUUCUGCCCGUGAAUUUACUCCAGUGGAGAAGGCUGUGGUUUUAAGAGGUGAAGAUUUUCCUUCCUUACAAGCAACAUUGCCUGCUGCAUCUGGUACUGCUCAGAAGCAGAGAUAUAUUUUGCACGAGAAGCAGAUGCAGAAGCAUAAGCAGAAAAUGAGUGAAGAAACAUUGGGUGGGCAGACAGACAGUUCCUAUAUGAGGCCACAGCUUCACAUGCGCACACAAAUGCAGUCUUCCCGUCUUACUGUUGGCAGUGGCUCAAAGAACAAUGGUGUGAUCCAUGGAUCAGGUAGUUCCAGCACUGCUGAGCAGCUGCACAAACAUGAUAAGUACUUUCCAGGUCCACUACCACUUAUUCAAUUGAAUCAUACUUCGGAUUGGGCUGACGAUGAACGUGAUACACGUCAUGGUCUCCCAGAUCGAGACAAGGAGCAAUGUUUCUCAAGAAGUGAAGCCUUCCGUGAUAGAGAAUUUGAUAUGCACAGGGGUAGUGUGCUGCCACGUGCAUCAGUUCAUGAUUUUUCUGAGGGCCGAGGCCUAUGUCAAGAUGAAGCUGCAAAGAUGUCUUCGAGAGGGGAACCUUAUGGCAAAGAUGUAAGAACCCCUAGUAGAGAAGAUCAAGAUGUGAACUCAUGGAGAGCUUCCCCACUUCCAAAAGAUGGAUUUAGUGCUCGUGAAGCUGGGAUUGACAGAAAUGGUGUUGGUGCCAGGUCUUUCACUCUGAACCGGGAAAUAAACAAGGAGAAUAAAUACAAUCAGCUUCCAUUUGGAGACAAUGCCCGGGAUAGUUUCAGCAGUGGAGUUAUGGGAACUCAAGAUUUGAGAUUUGGCAGGAAGGAUUUGGCUUAUGGGCAAGGAGGCAGGCAAAAUUUUAGUCAUAUUGCAGUGCCAUUUAGUGGUAGAGGGGGUGAACAGAAUGUGCGGGACCGGCAUGGUGGUGGUAUCUCCAAUCGGUAUAGAGGUGAUAUGUUUCAGACCAACUCAAUGCCUAAAAAUUCAUUUUCUUUGGGAGUUAAGGGGCUCCCUGUUAAUGAUCCAAUACUUGAUUUUGGUAGAGAAAAGCGUUCCUUCUCAACCAGCAGAAAGCCAUAUCAAGAGGAUCCAUUUUUGAAAGAUUUUGGUAUUGGUCCUGGGUUUGAUGUGAGGGAUCCUUUCUCUAGUAGUCUUGUUGGGGUGUUUAGGAGGAAGAAGGAUAUCCACAAACAGACCAAUUUCCAUGACCCUGUUCGGGAAUCUUUUGAGGCAGAACUUGAGAGAGUUCAGAAAAUGCAAGAGCAGGAGCGACAGCGCAUUGUUGAAGAACAAGCAAGAGCCUUGGAGCAAGCUCGGAAAGAAGAAGAGGAGAGAGAACGGUUUGCUAGGGAAGAAGAAGAAAAACAGAGACGACUUGAAGAAGAAGCCAGAGAGGCUGCUUGGAGAGCAGAGCAGGAGCGGUUGGAAGCUGCCCGAAGGGCUGAAGAGCAAAGGAUGGCAAGAGAGGAGGAGAGGCGGAGGAUUCUUUUGGAGGAAGAGAGGAGGAAAGAGGCUGCUAAACUAAAGCUAUUGGAGUUGGAGGCGAGGAUUGCAAGGAGACAAGAUGAAGACGUGAAAAAUGACAAGUUUCCUGCUCCUAUUGGAGAUGGAAGAAUGCCAGGAGUGGUUAAAGAAAAAGAUGUAUCCAGGUCAGCUGAUGUCGGUGACUGGGAAGAUGGUAACAGAAUGGUGGAAAGGAUAACUACUUCAGCAUCUUCUGAUUCUUCAAGUCUAAAUAGAUCAUCUGAGAUGGGUUCUAGGCCUCAAUCUUCUAGAGAUGGGAAUUCUAUCCUUUUGGACAGGGGAAAGCCUCCAGGCUCAUGGAGGAGAAAUGUAUUUGAGAAUGAGAACAUCUCAACCUUUGUUCUACAUGAUCAGGAGAAUGCUUACCGAAGUCCAAGGAGAGAUGCAUUUGGUUCUGGGAGAUCAUAUCCUAGGAAAGAGUUCUAUGGGGGUCCUGGUGUCAUGUCUGCUAGGACAUCAUCUAGAGGGAUAACAGAGCCACACAUGUUUGAUGAUUUCUCUCACCCGAGGGGACACAGAUGGAAUCUUCCUGGGGAUGGGGUCCAAUACAGCAGGAACUCAGAGAUUGAGCCUGAAUUUUAUGAGAAUCUCACUGACAAGUUCACUGAUAUGGUAUGGGGUCAGGGUCGUUCUCGUGGUAAUCCUCAUAUGCCUUAUCCAGAAAGAUUGUAUCAGAAUGAGGUUGAAGGUUUUUCUUCCUUUGGGAGGUCAAGGCAUUCAGUAAGACAGCCCCAUGUUCUUCCUCCACCAUCACUGGUUUCUAUGCACAAAAGUUCCUUUGGAGGUGAAUCUGAACAUCCUAGUUCAUCAGCUUUUCUUGACAGUGAGAUGAGUUACCACCAUUUACCAAGAAGAAGUGAACCAAUUAUGCAGAGGGGAUAUGAUGGUAGUUAUCAGGAGAAGUUUGAGCAACCUAGGUUGACUGAUGCUCGACAAGAGAAGAUUGUUUGUGAGGAGCCCAAAGUGGAAAAGACUACCACACCAAGAUGCGAUUCACAGUCCUCGCUUUCUGUCUCAAGUCCACCCAACUCACCUACUCACCUUUCACAUGAUGACUUGGAUGAGGCUGGGGAUUCUCCAGACUUGACAAUUGCUGCAAAAGGUGAAGUGAAACCUUUGUCUGACAAUGAAAAUGUUGCCUCAGUAAAAGAGGAUAGAAACAUGAAUAUGAUGACAGCCUCUUAUUCUGUCUCCCCUGGUGAAGAUGAAGAAUGGGCUACUGGGAACGACUUGCAAGAGCAAGAAGAGUAUGAUGAAGAGGAAGAUGGUUACCAGGAAGAAGAUGAAGUACAUGAAGGAGAUGAUGAGAAUAUUGAACUGGCUCAGGGGUUUGAAGAGUUGCAUUUGGAAGAACAUUGUACAAUGGCCAAAAUGGGCCAGUUAGUCCUAGGCUUCAAUGAAGGUGUUGAAGUUGGAAUGCCAAGUGAAGAUGAGUCAGAAAAAAACUCUGGAAAUGGAGAAAAUUCAACUAGCAUACAACAGGUUUCCAUUAGCAUUGCGGAAGAUACAAGAUCUUUAGAUGGGUUUAUUGGUAAUUCACAGAUGCUUCAUCCUGAGAAUAGCUCAGUUGAUAUGAGCAUGGAAAAUUCUUCUAUAACAAUCCAGGAGUGUGAGAAUGCACUUCAAGAUGUGGUCCUUCAGCCUGGAAAUUCUCCCCAUAGUGUGGCAACCACUUCUAUUUAUCUUCAGGGUAGCAUGGAUGAUUCCAGUUGUUCCAGUUUGUCAGCUCAGCAGCCAGUUGCAUCUUCUGUGCCUUUGCCUUCUCCAUCUGUUCAAUCGGUCAUGUCAAAUGUUUCUACUGUUCCAAGUCAGGGUGAUGUACCUGUUCAGUUACAGUUUGGCCUGUUCUCUGGUCCAUCACUGAUACCAUCUCCAGUUCCAGCCAUACAGAUUGGUUCUAUACAGAUGCCACUCCAUCUGCAUCCUCCUGUUGGACCAUCUCUUACUCAAAUGCACCCUUCACAGCCUCCUAUGUUUCAGUUCGGUCAGCUCAGAUAUACAUCUCCUAUCUCACAGGGAAUCUUGCCAUUAUCUCCUCAGUCAUUGUCAUUUGUACAGCCCACUGUUCAGGCCCAUUAUUCAUUGAACCAGAACCAGGGGGGCCUUCUUCAUAGCCAAGCUGGUCAAGGCACUUCCAGUCAAAACAACAUAGUGGAAGAUAAAAUGCCAUCUGUAUUGAAUGAUAACCAAUCUGCUACUGCACAUGAUCUAUUUACCAAGGAGAAUGGUUGCAAGGACAUGAACAAUUCGUCAGCAAGAGAAAAUGCAAACAAUGAACUUCUGACAUCUCCGAAUCAAACAGGGAGCUCUGUUAUUGGUGAGAAAAAGAAUGGUUUUGUUUCUCAAGACCAAGAUGUGAAGAAGUAUAGAGCAAUUGCAAAUAAUAAAGAAUCACAUUUACAACCCGAUUCCAUUGCAUCUCAACUUGUUCCGAGUAAAAGAGCUUUGGGUGGACCAAAGGCUGCUGGUCUUGUAACUGGUGGUACCAAAGGGAGGAAAUUUAUCUAUACAGUAAAAAAUUCUGGUUCUAGAUCAUCAUUUCCUAAUUCUGAAUCAGUGUCCACUGAUUCUAGUGGGUUUCCAAGGAGGAUUAGACGCAACAUUCGGCGAACGGAGUUUAGAGUACGGGAAAAUGUUGAUAGGAAGCAAAUAGAGGGCUUGGUUUCAUCAAGUAACGGGCUGGAUGAAAAGUCAAAUUUGAAUGGAAGGGUGUCUAGUAGUGCUGCUGGAAGUGGGAUUAAGAAGGAUGCCAUUUUGGUGAAACCAUCCAAACAAAUGGUUGAUUCUGAAAGCACAGCAUCUCACUCAAGUAGUUUUCAUGUUGUGGAUUCUGUCAGCAAGAUGGAAAAAGUACUAGGAAAAGAAGUUCCAGCAAAGGGGUUUACUUCUUCUCUUGGCAUUUCACACUCAGGAGAGGGAAAUGUGAAACAAAACAGCAGUUUGGAGGAGGGUGUUGAUGCUCCUCUGCAAAGUGGUGUUGUGCGUGUUUUCAAGCAACCUGGUAUAGAAGCUCCUAGUGAUGAAGAUGACUUCAUUGAGGUUAGGUCUAAGAGGCAGAUGCUGAAUGAUCGACGGGAACAAAGGGAAAAGGAAAUUAAGGCUAAAUCUAGGGCCCUAAAGGCACCUCGAAAACUCUGCUCUGCUUCACAGCAAAGUAUCAUGGUCUCUACUAAUUCAAAUAGAACACCUACAUCAUUGGAUGGAGAAGCAGCAAGAAAUAUUCAUUCUGAUUCUGUUGCCACUGAUGGACGGGCCUUGGCAAAUGUUGGAAUGUCUACAGGAUUUGCUACCACUAUAAUGUCACAAUCCCUCCCUCCAAUUGGCACACCAGCAAUGAAUUCUGAUUCCCCAGCUGAUAUAAGAUCCCACAAUAUCAAGUCCCUCCAAGCAGGGUCCAUUCCUAUCAUAUCUAGUGGUGGAUCAAAUCUUGGUCUGGGUUUGUCAUUUGAAAACAAGAACACUGUUAUGGAUAACGUUCAAACAUCACUUGGUUCUUGGGGCAAUGCACUGAUUAAUCAGCAGGUUAUGGCCCUAACCCAGACACAACUUGAUGAAGCUAUGAAGCCCACACGAUUUGAUACACAUGUUGCAUCUAUUGGAGAUCAUACCAACACUGUUAUUGAGCCCAGCAAGUCAUCACCAUCUCUCUUGACGCAGGAUAAAUCAUUUUCUUCUUCAGCAAGUCCUCUCAACUCCCUUCUUGCGGGGGAAAAGAUUCAAUUUGGUGCUGUUACAUCUCCCACCAUUCUCCCCCCUCCUGGUGGCUGUACUGUUUUAAGUGGGUUUGGGCCUACUGGUUCAUGUAGAUCAGAUGUUCCAAUUGACCACAAUUUGUCUGCAGCAGAAAGUGACUGCGGUCUUUUUUUCAAGAAAGAAAAGCACUCUAAUGAGUCUUGUGUUCAUUUAGAAGACCCUGAAUCUGAAGCUGAAGCUGCUGCUUCAGCAAUUGCUGUUGCUGCUAUUAGUAGUGAUGAGAUUGUUGGGAAUGGGUUGGGAGCAUGCUCUGUUUCAGUUUCAGAUACUAAGAGUUUUGGAAGUGCAGAAAUUGGAGGUGUUGCAGGUUAUCAACAAUUAUCAAAUCAAUCUAGGGGUGAAGAAUCUCUGGCUGUAUCUCUUCCAGCUGAUCUCUCUGUUGAGACCCCAUCCCUAUCUUUGUGGCCACCUCUGCCUAGCCCACAGAAUUCGUCCAGUCAAAUGCUUUCACAUUUUCCUGCUGCCUCACCUUCUCAUUUUCCUUGCUAUGAGAUGAACCCCAUGUUAGGGCCCCCCAUUUUUGCCUUUGGACCACAUGAUGAAUCUGUCGGUUCUCAGUCGCAAGCACAGAAGAGUAGCACACCAUCUUCAGGCCCACUGGGUGCUUGGCAACAAUGCCAUUCUGGUGUAGAUUCUUUCUAUGGUCCACCAGCAGGAUUUACUGGUCCUUUUAUCAGUCCACCUGGAGGAAUCCCAGGUGUUCAAGGUCCUCCUCAUAUGGUUGUCUACAAUCAUUUUGCACCCGUCAAUCAGUUUGGCCAAGUUGGCUUGAGUUUCAUGGGUACAACUUAUAUUCCCUCUGGAAAGCAACCAGACUGGAAGCACAAUCCUGCAUCUUCUACAAUGGGCGUUAGUGAAGGGGACAUAAAUAAUCUGAAUGUGGUUUCUGCACAGCGCAAUUCCCCUAGUAUGCCUACUAUCCAGCAUCUAGCUCCUGGGUCGCCACUUCUGCCCAUGGCUUCUCCAUUGGCCAUGUUUGAUAUGUCUCCUUUUCAGUCAUCUUCAGACAUGUCGGUCCAGGCUCGGUGGUCUCAUGUUCCUCCAUCACCUCUUCAUUCUGUCUCAUUGCCAAUGCCAUUACAGCAGCAGACAGAGGCUGCAUUACCUGCACAGUUUAACCAUGGAUUGGCUGUGGAACAGUCAUCAAGUGGCAACAGGUUCCAUGAGCCUCGAUCUUCAGCACCUCCUGAUAGCAGCAGGAGUUUCCCUGUGGCAAAUGAUGCCACUGCCUCUCAGUUACCUGAUGAACUAGGGCUGGUAGAACAAUCAAACUCCAGCACUACCAGGGUUUCAAGUGGAAGGCCAGCAUCUUUCAACUCCCCAAAUGGGAAUGUGAAAGCCCAAACUGUGGUAACAAAGAGUACGUCUAGAAAUGCUGUUGCAAAUGCUAGUGAUAGUGUUAGUGUUAACAGCAGCAGUAGCAAUAACAGCCAGAGCAUGAAUUCUGUAUUCAAGACUCAGAGCUCACAACAGACUUCAUCAACCCAACAGUACAUUCAUCCCACUGGGUACUCAGAUCAGAGAGGCGGGGGAGUUUCUCAGAAGGAUAGUUCAGGAAGUGAAUGGUCCCACCGAAGGAUAGGGUUCCAGGGAAGAAAUCAAUCAUCAGGUACGGAUAAAAGUUUUGCUUCUUCGAAAAUGAAGCAAAUUUAUGUGGCUAAAUCAUCGAUAAGUGGGUCAUCAGCAGCAGUGUGAGGUUUUAGAUUUUGGUUUUCUUAGUUUACGGGUGGAUUGAUGCAGUUCCUCUGGGUAGCUGUCGGAGUUGACUGCAGUGCAGGUGAAGUGUGGCGAGAGUUGUUUUUUUGCCAUAUUUAUGGUUAACUUUAUUUUGUUAGUGAUUUCAUUUCGAGUGUUUAUGGAGAUUGGGAGCGGGAGAUAAUUGGAAAGCCAAGUUGACGGGCCCCAAUGUGAUAUUUAUGGUAAAAAAGUGUGGUGUGGUUUCUAAUGUAGCAAUUUGUGCAAGAAAGAGUAUGGCGUGAUUCAUCUCUUCAAAAUUUUGUUUUCCUUCUUGCUUGGCUCCAAACUUAAGGCUAUUCCUUUAGUCGAUGUAUUUUCAAAGAAAAAGUGAAAUCCAGUUGGUGUUCGAUAUCAAUUAUUAAUGAUGAAUAUAGAUAUUGGUUCUCUUUCUCUCUC